CAUGCCUACAUCUUGUGGAUUAAAAACAGUCUUUCAGCCAGACAAUCCUGAAGAGCAUUUGGCCAGAACCAAGUGGCACUCAUCCAAUCUCGGACUAGAUCGUUUCACCGGAUUCCGUCGAAAUGGCCGAGGAGCAGACACGUCCAGAGCUCGUCAGGUUGCCUCCGUCGUCUAGGUUCGGGCGUUGCGAUCACGGAAGAUUUCUCGAAAACGUCCAGUCAAUUUUAUCCGUUGGACAAGCAACACUCGGGGAGGUAACAGUCGACUGUCGAUUCCUCUUCACAAAGUCCAAAUGGGGGAAGAUGGGAACAGACCCAUCGUCAUCCGACACAUAUCCGGCUGGUAUCCUCUAUCUUGACUUGGAUUUUAGCGAACCACAAGAUUGCAGACUCCAGUCGGCUAAAGUUGCGGUGACGCUAGGGGUAGACGAAAAAAGCAGCAAGACCGACAAAUCCAAUCCGGUAUAUCCAGCCACUAUGACUGGGCACUAUGGUCCAAAGCAGCUGGUGGGAUCAGAAAAGACGAUAAAGGUCCAACGCACGAAGGAGUUCAUGCCUCACAUAGACGUUCCACCCUAUGUGAGUGUGGGUGGCAUGGGUAUUUCGACUGAAGAAGCCAAGGACGUGAAUGACAGAUGGCGGUUUGCUGGUCAUCUCCGCCCUGCCAAGGGGUCCUUCAUCUACAACAGAAUUGAGUGGGAUCUCCACGAAAGCGCUCUCGAAGAGAUAUCAUCGCACGGCUGCGAAUUCCACACAGCUUUCGCCAUCAGUCAUAACGCGAAGGCUUUCCACAUGAUUGUGGAGGUAAAAGGCGACCUUGUACGGAAGAGAGACCAGUUCAAGCAGUUUAUGGGGAGUGCGAAAGAACAUCUCAAAUUUGGGGGAAACAAAGCCAACCAAGCAGUCGUCAAGUUUCAAUGGAGCAAAGAAUAUUCCUCGCCCAAGCGACUAGACAGGCAAGCCCAAAGGUUACCGGACGAAAUGGAGAGGGAAAACAGGUGCAGCAUUCCAAGCGAAAUACCUGGACCUCAACAGACGACCAUCUUUCCGGCAACGGAUUCCAAUCCUUCAGUCGGCCUUCUGGAACAAGUGCCAACAUCGAUGGCCAAUGGCACUAGCAAUGGAAGAUUUUGGCAUGCUCAAACUCUGGAGGCAAAUCAACGGGUUAGAACUCUCGAGUUGAUCGGCGAAAUGGUCAUUGCGGCCGGGCUUGAAUCAUUAGCAGAAUGCGGACUGCUUCCCCAAUACAGCCGCUCUGCCUCACUUCAAAGAUGCGAGUCCUCGAGCGAUGUGACACUAGUUGAGAGUGGUCGGGAAAACGAGAGUGUUCGAGGGCCUAGUCCAGAAAGUCGAAGGCGGAGUAAAGACGUAGGGAUGCAGCCGGGAAGCCGGGCUUGGGACCUCACGUCCACUCCGAGGGAUAAUGUGAAGGAAGGGCAGCUUGAAACAGUGAAGGCAGGUAUCUUGUUAGGGCUUCUUUACUGGCUUCAAGGUCUCAUGGUCUGGGAGAAGUUCGUUUCCAGGUUUGGUGUUACCGCGGACACGACCGAGUCGGAUAGGAAUAAGGCAAUCCGGGAUAAGAAUGAUCGGGGCAGAAGACCAGGAAAUAAACGGCUAGAACCCGCUCCUCGCAACAAGCAGCAGUGGGGAGAGGAAUCUGAGGCAGACACACCAGUCUGGAUGGGUUCAGCCCAUCUCAGGGGCAAGCGAAGGGAGGAGGAGGAAUGAGAGCAAGAACUGAUGCGAUAGGUUUUGUGUUGCUCAAGAAUAACUGAAAUUGGUGGGGGAAAAGCAGAUCAUAGUAUUGAAUUU